AUGGCCACCCCUACCGUCAACGUCGUCCGUUGGUCCGCUCUCCUCACCGGUAUCACCUACGGGGUCUUCCACCAGUCCACACUACAGACCAAGUACGACGAGGACAAGGCAAGUACCGGCUCAGCAAGCUGUCGGGGCUGA